CUGAUAUGGUCUAAAGGGAGCUGCAGCAAGGUUUUUGGGGACAUGAGUGAAGAAGGAGGGACAGGGAAUUGGGAUCUUAUUAUAUGGGAUGAGACGCGGGAGGCGUUCCGAAAUGUAUGUGUGUAUGUAUCCAUGUAUGCAUCGGUAUGGACGUCUCGGGCCGGCCAUGAAUACUGCUGUAUUGUUCGUGCCGUUAACCUCUGUUGCUAUAAGAUGGUUUAUAGUUACAGCUGGACACCUGUGGAGUUUGAAUUGAACCAGAUUCGACUGAUUGUAUACCAGGAUUGUGAAAGGAGAGGCAGACAUGUUCUGUUUGAUUCUAAAGCAGUAUGUAAAGUUGAAGGUGUUUCAGUGCAGAAAGGUUCAGAUAAUGUGUCCCCAUUGCAAGGGAAGUGCCACCACACAGGUAACAGUAGUACCUGCAUCCAAAAUCUCUCCUCUUCCAUUGCUGUUAAAGAGCAACUGCCGAGGUAUCAGUAUUUGCGUCCUGUUUCUGAUGUCAACAUGCUUGGAGAAAUGAUGUUUGGUUCUGUUGCAAUGAGUUACAAAGGCUGUACUUUGAAAAUACAUCAUAUACGCUCCCCCCCUCAAUUAAUGAUCAGUAAAGUGUUCUCUGCGAGAAUGGGCAGUGUUGGAAGUUCAAAUAUGCUGCAAGAUAGUUUUGAAUGCAUCAACCAAGAAAACACCGUAGGAAAACCUUGUCCUAGUCAGGAUGGUAUCAGUAACUCUCGUAUUGCUAGUAACCUGGGUCACUUGCUGGUUUGUGGCAGCAAGCUGCUACUAUGUCCUACUGAACCAGGUCCACUCCAACUCAUCCAGAGUGCUUCUUUCUUCGCAGCUCAUAGUACGCCUGUAGAUAUGCCAAGUCGAGGUCAAAAUGAGGAUGGAGAUAGUGGAAUAGCACGAUCAGCAUCCCUCAGUAGUCUGUUAAUUACACCAUUCCCUUCUCCAAAUUCCUCCUCCACCAGUAGCUGUGCCAGUAGUUUCCAGCGACGCUGGCUACGCAAUCAAACUACCAGUCUUGAAAAUGGCAUUUUUCCAAGGUGGUCAACUGAGGAGACAUUCAGUAUGGCAGAUGAGAGCUAUGCCUCAAACCCUCAGAUGGUCAGGAGAAAGAAGAUAGCAGUUAGUGUUGUUUUCUCUCUGCCAGAGAACGAAGAGGAAAAUCAGACGUUCCAGGAGUUCUUUUUUUCACAUUUUCCUCUCUUUGAGGCCCAUCUAAACAAGCUGAAGAGUGCCAUUGAGAAGGCAAUGAUUACCUGCAGAAAGAUUGCAGAAUCUAAUCAGAGAGUGCAGGUUUACAUCAGUCAGGUAAUGGAGGGCCUCGGAGAAUUCAGGGCCACUGUAUACAAUCUUUACACGGUUCCAAGGAUCACAGAGCCUGCAUGGCUUACAAUGAUGUUCAACACAUCAGAGAAGAGUAGGCUAUGCCAUUGCUUUGUCAGAGAUUUCACCUUGCUGAUAGAACAUAUGUCAAAGAAUCAAUUCUUUUCAGCAUUGAUAACAGCUGUGCUCACAUAUCACCUAGCUUGGGUUCCCACAGUUAUGCCAAAUGACCACCCUCCUCUAAAGGCGUUUUAUGAGAAACAUGCAUCCCAGAAUGUGGACCUGUUGGGAAAAUCACAUCCAUAUAAUCCUCUUUGGGCACAACUUGGUGAUUUGUAUGGAGCUAUUGGUUCUCCGGUGAGGCUCACCAGGACUGUUGUAGUUGGGAAGCGUAAAGAACUUGUUGAACGCCUACUUUUUGUCCUUAGCUACUUUAUACGGUGCUCAGAUCUUCAAGAAAACCAGCUAAUGUGCAAAGGGAAACUGUCAGAUGGUGAGAAUGUUCAAGUAGGAACCAAGUUCUCCACUGCACUAGAGAAGGGAGAAGUGGAAGAAUCAGAAUAUGUAGUUGUCACUGUUCAUAAGAAUGACCCUAUUGUUGUGACUUCAUUUCAAUCUUCAACCAAUGUUGGGAAAGAAAAUAUGAUGGCUGUAGAUAAAUCGAUACAACUAGAUUUCACAUCUGAAGCAGUUAGUAGCAGAAGGCCUGAAUCUGAUAGCUAUGAAAGGUGUACUUCUGGACAGUACAAUGAACCCCCUUCAGUUAUGAAUGGAGCCAAAUUUGAUGCUGCUAACACUUGCACAGAAAUCACAAUGCUGAUUCCAGAAAAUGCAAAAGAAACUGUAACGACUGUGAAAGAGUCUGCGCAGUGUACUACAGAAAUACAAAUACUUGGGCAUGAAGCAUUUGGAUUAACUGAUAGACCUACUCAUUCUGCAUCACCAACUGCAGGAAAGCUGGUGAGCAGUCCACCAGUGAAAAUGGCUAAAGCCGCUUCUGGAAUGAAGUGCCCAGACAGGUUUCCUCAAAGGACCCCACACCUGCAGGAUAGAGUGCUGUUUCAGAUUGGGUGUUCACUGUCACCUGACUCUGAUAUUGAAACUAGAAGACAAGAAAUGGAAGAACAGGUGGAACAAUUCAGGAACCACCAAGGUGGAAAAAGUAACAGUAAUCAACUGCAAGAAGACAUCGACUUGUCAAAAAUAGACACUGUAGAUCAACCCACUGAAGCUGUAGGAAGGAGGCAGGAGAAGCAGAACCGUUAUUGUGAGAGAGAUCCUUUUUCUGAAGGAAACACAAGUAUCUUUGAACAUUUCACUGAAGACAGUGGCACUGCAGCAAGCAAAGUAGCUGAGCUGUCUAACCAGGUUUCUGGUACCUCCGUUGCAAAGGAAAUGGUCAAAUUAUUUGUGUGCUCAAAUAGAGAAAGCACCACCCCCAACACAGCAGCCGUAAGAACUUCAUGCUGUCACAAUUUUGAAAUGCCUCCACUUGAAUUAGUGGAUGCUAAUUCUGCAAGUCAGAAUUACGGGGACAGAGCCUCUACUGGCGGCAUCCCUGGGACGGAGGAUGAUUCUGGGAAGAAUGUUACCUUGAGGAUAGAUGGUGACAUUCCCAGGAAUGAAAGUUCUGACAGUGCUCUUGGAGACAGUGAUGAUGAGGCUGUAACCCAUGAUUCAUCGAAGCAAGGACUAGAGCGUUUUAAUGAGAGGCGAGAUACCAUGGAAGAGCUUGAACUUUCAACACCAAGCAUCAAAUUGAGCAGUAGAUCAACUAUCAAUAAUUUUGGAAAAUCUUUGUUUGGUGGAUACUGUUCUCGAUAUGUUCCAGACUUAGUCUUACAUGGAACUUGCUCUGAUGAGAAACUGAAAGAGUGCUUAAUGGCGGAUUUAGCUCAUGCUGUGCAGCACCCUGUUUUAGAUGAGCCUAUUGCAGAAUCUGUCUGCAUUAUUGCGGACACGGACAAGUGUUCAGUGCAAGUGGCUACAAACCAGAAGAAAGUGAUGGAUAGCAAGUUGGGUAAAGAGGUGUUGGUCUCUAACCUGAUUUCCUCCUUGCUGCAAUCAAUUCUCCAACUUCACAAACUGAAACUCCCAUCUGAUUAUUGCGUAAUCCAUCUUGAGGAUAGACUUCAAGAGCUGUAUUUUAAAAGCAAGAUGCUAUCCGAAUACCUGAAAGGCCACACCAGAGUGCAUGUAAAAGAACUGGGAGUGGUGCUGGGGAUUGAAUCGAAUGAUUUACCUCUGUUGGCAGCUAUAGCAAGUACUCAUUCUCCAUAUGUUGCUCAAAUACUCUUAUAAGCUAAAUACUCAGAACAGCCUUUGCGAGAAAGGACUUAAAAAUCAAACUGAGCACAUCAGACAGCACUGAAUUGGUAAACUUCAAGCACGUGGUUACAAGUAGCAUGUAAAAUGACGACUGGUUGUGCUGCAGUGUACAUUCAGUAAUUUUUUAUAAUGUAGACGUUCUGUCAUUUUUCAGAAUUUCUGAAAAAUAUGUUCAUAUCAAUGAAGUUUUAAUGAGAAGUGGCUAUGAUUUUUAACAGAACUUAACGAACUCUUUCAAAUCCUUCAAACAUAAGGGUGACAACUAAAGCAUCUAUUUUGUAAGAAACUGACCAGACUCACAUGCCAUCUUGAAUGUUGGCUUCUGUGAUGUUUUGACUUUUGAGUCACUUUAUCAAUUGCCUUAACCGAUAUGUAAUUGAGUAUUACAAAAAACAUUCCUAUUCAAAAAAUAUGAAAUUGCAUCUAUUGAUUUUACAUUUUUGAAUUGCAAGGAUACUGUACAAUCCUGUGCAAAGCACAGCAAAAAACUCCAAUUUAGCAGUUUACUUUGUACAAAGAUUUGACAAUUGAGUCUAGCUGUCUGUUCAACUUUAAAGGGACAAAGUAGGCAGAAAUAUAUUAAAAAUUUUUAUGGAGUAUCUUCCUUAAAUGAGUGUUGUUUACAAUGAUUUCUAAGCUUCUGCAAGAUAGCAUUUUUCAGUUAAACAGCUUACAGUACAUGAAUAGUGGGGCUAGUCUUGUGAUCUCAGCUUUGUACAAAUAUAGACUCUGCCCUUUUGCAUUUAAUUAAUAACCAUAUUAGUGAUGACCAACAGAGUUGUGUUAAAUAACUUUCAGACUGACUUUAAUGGAGAAAUCUAAAAUGUUGAAUGAUAGGAUUAUUGAAAAUUAGGAUUCAUGGUUGUGGGGCAUACUGUAUUUUGGUUGUGUAAAUGCAUAUGGUACAAUCUCUGCUAGUAAGAACUGUAUAGAGACUGUGUUUCGGUCAUAAAUCUAAUGGCAGUAAUGAAUUUCAAAACCUGAUGAGAAAAUGUUCCAUUUAAAAGCUACAAAUAAUUAUAUUGAUGAGUAUCCCAGAAUGUGCUGCAACUUCACCCAGUGGUUGGGGCAGGAAAUGUUUUACAUUAUACUCAGCUAAUAGUAUUUUGUGUGGAACCAGAUAGUCAGCUCAAUGAUGGGUUGCCUUUUUGAAUUAGUGCACAGGAGACCUUAGAAAUAAUCCUUCUGCCAUUGAUUUCCACACAAAACAGUCAAGUUUCCUAGCUGGUACGUAAGUUGACUUCAUUGGCUGGAGAAAUUUCAUGAAUAAUUUAACUGUUCCUUUUCCCAACUUCAGCCUUUGCUAAAGCAGCAUUCAUCCAUUGAGGUUAUUACUUUACGUGUGACCUGUUUACAUGUGACAGAGCUGCUGUUUUGCUUUUAUUUUCAUUUUAAUGCUGAACAAACUGGGCAGGGCUUCUGUUAAGAGAAUUUGAAUUUAAGCAUAUUGGUGAUUUGCCACUAGAAAGGAUCAUGUUUUAUAAACCUAAGAUUAUGAAGUGGGAAAGUAAUGAAAUCCACUAUGAACAUAUUUCUGCAGUUUGAUGCUCAUCUUGCAUGCUUUCAAUGAAAUUAGGGGCUUGAUGCUAUAUUUCAGUUUGUUUUCUAGUUUUGAUUUUAAAUUAAAUUUCUGAUAAAUAGUAUACUCAAGCAUGCAAAUAUUUUUAUGAUUAGACAUAAUUAUUUGGAAGGAAGUGGAUAUUAACUGUAUGUAAGCUUUGUCCUUAAACUUUUAACUGUUGUAGAGCCUGAAAUUUAUGCCACUUUUUGAAGGCAGCGUACCAUUUGAUUUUCUUGCCACAAAAGGUUACAUGUUACUGAUAGCUGCAUGUUUAACAUUCGUGGCAUCGAUCAAACUUAUCUAAUUUAAUAUAUUCCAACUUUUUAAAUUUUAGUUUAUUCUCAUCACCCAUUCCUAUGAAACCCACUACACCAAACACAGAAACUAAAUUGUGUAAGACAAAAAUAGAAACUACUGGAAAAGUUCAACAGGUCUGGCAGCAUCUGUGGAGAGAACGCAGUUAACAUUUUG